CUCCCGGGACGUCCGGCCAGGGUCCGCACGGGGGCUCGGGGAGGCAGCGCCCAAUCAGAGUCCGCGCUGCGCAGCGACGUCAUCGCAAGGCCAGGCUGGGCGGAGCGACGACGGCGGCAGCAAUGGCUCAGGCUGAUUUUGAAAAGGCGGCAGAAGAAGUCAAGCAUCUCAAAACUAAACCAUCUGAUGAGGAUAUGUUGCUCAUCUAUAGUCUCUACAAACAGGCAACUGUCGGAGAUGUGAAUACAGAACGUCCAGGCAUGUUGGACCUGAAAGGAAAAGCCAAAUGGGAUGCAUGGAGUGCAAAAAAGGGUACAACUAAAGAAGAUGCAAUGAAGAACUACAUAGAAAAGGUUCAAGAGCUGAAAGAAAAACAUGGCAUGCAAUAGUUUGUGGCCUUAAUAAAAUGGCACAUUUCAUUUGCAAUUGUAGGAAAUAAACACGGUUAAUUUUUUUAUCUUCAUCUUACUGAGAUAUUAUCUAAACAGAACUGCCUUAAUGGUGGUAUGACGACCUUAAUACGAUUACAUGUUUCUUCAUAAUGUUUACUAAUGUUUAGCCAUACUUGUGAGUUGGAAAACUGGAUUUACAAUAUGCCUUCUAAGAAAAAUAAAAUCACAACUGGGUUUUAACUAUUA